UGAUGAAAGAUGGCAGAAGCUCCACCAUGUCCCACCAACCGGUUUUUCUGUCAUAGGUGUUCGACAGAGAUAAGUCCCCGUCUCCCUGAUUACACAUGCCCUCGUUGUGAUUCUGGUUUUAUUGAAGAGUUACUGGAGGAGAGAAGCACAGAAAAUGGGUCUACAUCAAGCAUAUCAAGCAGUGACCAACAGAGGUUUGAGAAUAUGGACCACCAUUUGUUUACAUUUCCCUCGGCAUAUGGGCAAUUCGCCCUGGGCAUCUUUGAUGACCCUUUCGAACUUGGGUCAGGGUUGCUACCGGAAGACAAUCGGGAGGCAGAGAACAGACGGGAACGUGAGAUGGCAUCACGGCAACGGUACGGUGCCAGGCAGCCCAGGGGACGCCAUGUCCCAAGGAGGCACACCGUACGGCACGAGGGUGUGCCCACACUAGAGGGAAUCAUUCAGCAACUGGUGAAUGGAAUAAUCGCACCCACAGCAAUGCCAAAUAUCGGUGUGGGACCAUGGGGUGUUCUUCACUCGAACCCUAUGGAUUAUGCAUGGGGUGCCAAUGGCUUAGAUGCAAUCAUUACACAGUUACUAAAUCAGUUUGAGAACACUGGCCCACCACCAGCAGACAGGGAAAAGAUCAAAAACCUCCCUACGGUGGAAAUCACAGAUGAACAUGUCGGCUCUGGACUUGAGUGCCCGGUGUGCAAAGAGGACUACAGUGCUGGGGAGAUGGUCAGGCAGCUUCCGUGCAAUCAUUUAUUUCACAAUGACUGCAUAGUGCCCUGGCUGGAACAGCAUGACACAUGCCCUGUGUGCCGGAAAAGCUUGAGUGGCCAGAACACGGCCACAGACCCACCCGGAAUGUCCGAGAUGAAUUCUCCUCCGGGCCCUGGGAGCGGAGAAAGCCCUCCGAAUGAUGAACACGUGCCAAACAAUUCAUAAGACCAGAUGCUCCGAGUGGCUGCAGACGCAUUUGGCCUCCUGCUCUCGGUCCGGGUAUGUGGUCCUGGGGCUUCUUCAGCGAUGUUUGGUGCGGAUGACAUGACGUAUACAAAUCUAUACAUUGCGGGCAGCCCUACCUCUGCCCUGACAGGUCUCCGUGAAACCUGGCCCCUUGCCAGCUGGACCGUUGCGCAGGAGAAAGAGUGAAUGGCUUCAGGGCUCCUGAGCUGCUGCAGGCAGUGGGUGGGUCCGUCCUCUAGGGGGCCUCGUUCAGCUAAAGAACAGGAGGACUCCUUGAACUGCAGACAUUUUGCUCGUGCUCUGUCUUCUCAAAGAGGGAAGGACCGGGCACCGAACACUUUCUUGAGGAAAGAUUUAUUAUGUUUAAUAUUUUGGCAGCACAAUUAAGGCGAUAAAGGAGAAAUUAUAUGUUAUGUGCUCACAUGCUGGCCUAUUAUUUUUCAGUAGAGCCAAUAUCUGUGAAAAAGGCUUGUGCUAACUGUUUUGAUGAUUGAUUGUUAGUUUUUUAGAAUCUAAACCUGUAAAUGUAUGUAGUGUUGUUGGACAACAGUUGUACAAAGCCCCCGGGGGUAGACUUGUGGGACAACAACCAGAUGUGAAUCUCUGAAAGUCAAGUCUAAACAUUCAGAUUGUAAGGGAAACAUUAUGUUCAACACUCACCCCCACACACACAGAGGAAAAUCAUUAUUAGUGGUAAAUAAUUUAGGUUGUAGUUUGCGUAGUGUCAGAAGAGAAAAUGAAAACUCAGAUGUGUGUGUGGUUGUGAAAAUCCAGUUACCCUGCCGAAAGUGGCAGAGCCAUGGUGAAAUUCCCAACACCAAGACUGAUGACAUUCUCUGCUCUCUAUUGCAGUCACCAAGCAUUCUAGUCUGCCGUAAAGAAGCUGAGAAGUGAAACUGACACAACCUUGCACGAUAGGAAGGAUGACUGUCUGUACUGUAAGAGGAUGCCAUCACCGAUUCAAAUGGUGUGUACCAACUUCAGUGCAGAUUGAACAUGGUACAUCUUGAAUAUAGUAAACUGUAUCCUGAACCAAGUUAUGAUUAAGAAAAUCUUUGUUGAUAUGAGUCAGACUUGGAAAUGGGAGAUAUUGCUGUGAGACAAGUCAUGCCAAAACAUUAUUCAAUAAUGUUAAUGAGAUUGAGUGUGCCAUGAAUAGGUUUCUUGAGGCAGAAUUCCAAAAAAGUUUAAAAAUGUUUUUUUUUUGUUUUGUGUCUGGCAACCCACAUUUGACGAGUAGCAGCCGUCAGAAUAUCAGAUAGAUAGAUAGAUAGAUAGAUAGAUAGAUAGAUAGAUAUUUUAUUGAUCCCCAGGGGAAAUUCAAGAUCAGUUAUCAGUUAAAUUUAAGUUACAAAAACCUUAUCUAGGAACUCUACACUCUAGAAAACAUGUUGAAUAAGGUGUCACCAGUGCUAAGCUGGUAAAUCAUCCAUAGCAGACUGAUUUUUUUGUUUUGUUUGCAGCAUGUGAUACAUAUACAUAUAUGUAGCACUGUACUGCCCUGAUAUGAACAGUUCUUGAUUGACAGAUUUAGUGUGACAUUAUGUUUAAUCUGUCACCAUACCUAUGACUUGUUGGGUUUCCCAGACAUGUUAAGCAUAGUCCUACUAGAAGAGCUUCAGUGAAGAUCUCAACUAAUGAAUAACUAGUCUAGGACUAGGCUUAAUGCCAUGUCUGGGAAACCAGCCCUUGAAAUCAGGUGUUUGGGAAUUGUCAAUGUUAAAUGGAAAUGAAGUCAAACUAUUAUUGUUUAAGCACUGUUCUGUGCCCCAGAAAUAUGGUCACCACCCCCCCCUUAUGUAUUUUACAUGUGCACAUAUUUGCUGUUUUAUACUGAAGAGAACUGGCAUAUGCUUUUUAGUGGAUACUGGGUUCUGACAAAUUAAUACAGUAUAGUCGUUGCUGAAUCAUGACAACAUGUUUUGUUCUGUGAAUGAAAUUUGAGGAUUUUG